ACUCAGUUUGAUCGAAGAAAUGUUUGUACGACUAUAACGCCAACAAUCGACCAAAUCCGUUACUUAAAAAAAUGUAUAUUUUGAUAAUUUAACUUUACCAUUUAUAGAAUUAAUUGCAAAUGGCUGUGAUAACGAACCGGUCCCCCCAGUGAAUAUUUCGAUAAAUCCGAUGUACGAGCGACGAUGUCACGACAGGAUAAAACCAAAUCGGGCAGUUUUAGUGCGAAAAUGGAGCGGAAACUCAAACGAAGAACGAACCGACUGCCAACUCUGACAGGAGGUCUGGAGUCAUGGUUCCAAAGGGGAUCCAAAAAGGGUGCCCCGGUUGUACGACCGGGAACCCUAUCAACAUCGCGGCCCACAUCCGAAACCGACUUCGGCGAGCCGGACGAGAACAUACUCAAACUCUACGAACAGCAAAUUAACUCAAUGGACGAGAAGGAGAUCGACAAGAAAUUCGAGGAGCUACUCAACGACAUGAACCUGAACGAGGACAAGAAACAGCCGCUCCGCAACUACCCCCAGGAUAACAAGAAGAAGAUGCUGAUAAUGCAGUACAAGGGAGCCAAUCAGUUUAAGGAGAGCAAGUUCGAUACGCCGCAGCAGUACAUCGCGUACUUGGAGAACUACUCGAAGCCGGACACGCUGAAUCCUUCGAAGAUUUUCAAUUGCGUCGAGUCGCUGAGGAUAGCGUUGACGAACAACACGCUCAGUUGGGUGCACGAGUUCGGCAGUAGGGGUCUCCAAACGGUCUUCAGUACGUUAGAGUUGGCUGUUAAAUUCAAUAGGGAUGACAAAUACGAAAAAAUUCAGUUGGAAUGUCUCAAGUGCAUUUUAAAGUACAACAAUAACACCGAAGGACUGAAGGAGUUCUUCCGUCACGAUUCCGGUCACUUUAUCAUCGCCAGCUGCAUCGACUAUCGCAAACCGUCCGUGAUGAUACCCGCCUUGCAGAUUUUAGCCGCCCUCUGUUUCAUACCCGACGACAAUAACGUCAGCAAUAACGGUAAGAUUCUCGUGACGCUGGGCCGAUUGGGCGAGGCGAAGAAACGCGAACGUUUCGCGCCGAUCAUCGAGGGAAUUACGCGAACGUCGAACGACGAGCUUUGGGUGAGUCUUUCGCGUCGGUCAUUUUCGUACAGCGUCGGUUUUCAGAGUAUGUGCCUGCAAUUUAUAAACGCCCUGCUAUCGCAGACGGACGAUUUCGAAUUUCGCAUGCACCUGCGUAACGAGAUCGUUCGUAACGGACUUUACGAUAAAUUAGAUGCCUUAAAAAAUCAGUCGACGGCGCUAGUCAAUAAGCAGUUCAGCAUUUUCGAAAGCCUCAAGGACGAGGACGCCGACGAACUGCAGUCGAGAUUCGACAACGUGCGCAUGGAAAUCGACGACAUUAACGAUUGCUUCGAGGUUCUGAAGAACGUCACGUUGGACACGCCCGCCGAACCUUACUUUCUCAGCAUUUUACAGCACCUACUUUUUAUUCGCGACGAUGUCUACAUCAGGCCGGCGUACUACAAGUUCAUCGAGGAGUGCGUGACGCAAAUUGUCCUGCACAAAUCGGGCCUUGAUCCGGACUUUAGCAAACGACAUUUCGAUUUAGAUCUGCAGCCUUUAAUUGAUGGCUUAAUAGAUAAAACCACAGAAAUUGAGAAAGACAAGCAAUCGAAGCAGGACGAACUGAAGAAGCAAUUAGAGGAAGCGAUCGCGGCGAAAGAGGAGGCACUUGCGAAACUGGCGAUCGUCGAGGGCCGAUCGGCGGUAUCGACGUCCGACGGCAAAUUGGACCAAUCGCGUUUAGAUAAAGUGGCCCAGGUGUACACAGGACCUCCUCCGCCCCCCAUGCCUUCGAACGUUGGCCCGCCUCCGCCUCCAAUGCCCGGUGCCAUCGGCCCACCUCCGCCUCCGAUGCCCGGAGCCGGCAUUCCCCCUCCCCCUCCGAUGAUCGGCACUGGGCCGCCGCCUCCUCCGAUGCCGAUGGGCGGCGGCGGCCCGCCGCCACCACCGCCUCCCUUCGGCGUACCCCCUCCACCCUUCGGCGCGCCGCCGCUUCCGAUGGGAAUGGUUCCGCUGCCCGGUCUCGCCAAUCCCGACCUGCUCCCGCACGGUCUCAAGCCGAAGAAGAAGUGGGAGGUGACUGGACCGCUGAAACGUGCAAACUGGAAGGCGAUUCUGCCCAACAAAAUGUCGGACAAGUCGUUUUGGGUUAAGGUCCAAGAGGAAAAAUUAGCGUCGCCCGACAUUUUGGACGGUUUGGCGCAGAAAUUUAGCUCGAAAGCACCCAAAAAAAUGGACGACGAGGUCGUGGAUAGGGCGUAUACUACGGGUUCACUCAAAAAGGUCAAGGAACUCAAAGUGCUCGAUGGUAAGGUGGCCCAAAACAUCAGCAUCUUACUCGGCGGAUCUCUAAAACACAUGCCCUACGACGACAUCAAAAAGUGCAUUCUGAUCUGCGACAACACAGUCUUGACGCAAAGCAUCUUGGAACAGCUCAUACAGUACUUACCGCCGUCCGAUCAACUGGCGAAACUGCAACAGUACAAAGACUCCUACGACCAGUUGACGGAGGCGGAGCAAUUCUGUGUGAAGCUAUCCGAAAUUAAACGUUUACUACCUCGCCUAAAAUCGCUCAGUUUUCGAGAGCAUUUUCCGGAAAUGGUCAGCGACAGUAAGCCGGACAUCGUGGCCGGAACCGCCGCCUGCGACGAGGUGAAGAAGAGCAAGAAGUUCGCGAAAUUGCUCGAACUUAUUUUACUGCUCGGCAAUUACAUGAACACCGGCUCGAAGAACGCGCAGACCUUCGGAUUUGAAAUAAGCUUCCUGACCAAGCUGACGGGUACGAAAGACAUACACAACAAAUCCACGCUCCUCCAUUACAUCGUCGAGACCGUGGAGCGAAAGUUUCCGGAGCUGCUCAAUUUUUACGACGAACUACCUCAUAUCGAUAAAGCUAGUCGCGUAUCGCUGGAUGUGAUACAAAAAACUCUCAAACAGAUGGAUUCCAGUAUUAAGAAUCUUGAAACUGAUCUCGCUAAUAAUAAGCAACCGCAAAGCGGCGACGACAAGUUCUUUGAGACGAUGGACUCGUUUGCAAAAGAAGCUCGCGACCAGUACUUGGUAAUGCAAAACAUGUCUAAGAAGAUGGAGACGCUCUACACGGAUCUGUCCGAGUACUACGUCUUCGAUAAGCAGAAGUACGUCCUUGAGGAGUUCUUCACCGACUUGAAGACGUUCAAGGACAGCUUUAUUUUGGCUCACAAGGACAACGAACGCGAGCGUGAGAUCGACGAGAAGAACCGCAAGGCGAAGCUGGCGCGCGAAAAGGCCGAGAAGGAGAAGCAGGAGCGCGCGGCGAGAAAGCGGGCGAUAAUCGACAUGAACCCGUCCGAAACGCAGGAGGGCGUCAUGGACAGUCUGCUCGAGGCGCUUCAGACGGGCAGCGCGUUCAGUCGCGAGCAAAAGCGGAAACGGGGACCGCGACCGGCCGGAGCCGAACGGAGGGCGCAACUGGUGAGGUCACGAUCGCGAACGGGAUUGAUCGCCGGACGGGAACUGACCAGCGAGAUUCUUGCGUAAGAGGAACAACGAAUUUAUUUAUUAUUGUGCACAAUGGUAUUUAUUUCCAAAAGUUACUGUCUUCCCUGUAUAUAUUUUUAUAAUUAUGUAUAUUUCGAUGAUGCAUUUAAUGUAAGUUUUAAUUGGAGAAUCUCUUAUGUUUAUUGUACAUAAAGAAAUUGUUUAUAUACGAAAUUGUAUAUUGCUGUUAAUAAAACAAUUUUUCUAACCAGUGAAAA